AUCUGGGUCUUGCUUAUGGUCUUUCUGACAUUUAAGUCAAUAGAUAUUUACAUAAAAUAUUAUUUACAUUAUGUUUUCCUUUUAAUUUGCCUCAUUCUCCCUGAUUGUCUGAGUAGAAAGACGAGGCUGUGCUCUAAGCGAAAUUGCAGGGAGGCCAAGGUUCCUAUGUAGGAAAUCUUUGGUGCCCAGCUAUAACAAGCUUUCAUAAAAAUAAAAGGUUAAACAAGUCGCCCAAAGGAGAAACUUGGUCUCCUUUUUCUUUUCUACCUUCACAGCUGUUCACUAACAUAACAUCCUUCUUUCACCUGAUUGUCCCUUCAUGACCUACAGAUACUGAAUUUGGUAAUUUGCAUUUAACCACAUGCAAUGUUAAAUCUUAUUUAACUAAUGCAUUUUAUUUUUCAGUGGACCAAAUUCUUACACACCUGUACACUGAAAAGCUCCUUCAGAUGAGAUAUGCAUUCAGAGAAGCCAUUCAUUGCUUUGAAUCAGGAAAACCAUUCUAUUACAGAGGGUGUGGGUGGAAACCUUGGAGGCCAGACUGGUCUAACGAAGAUCAAGAAUGGAUCAGAGGGAUGGAUGCAGUGUUCACUAGGCUGUUUGGUCCUGACUUCUGUGAGUAUGAAUGCACAAAACCAUCAAAAGUUUCCAUACUCUCUCCAGGCCAGAUUACUCAUGAUGUGACGAACAUCCUAGAAGUACAAGACAACGCAGCCAAACCCAGUACAUCCAGUGGCAGCUGUAACCUGGUCACUGACAAAGAUGAUAUCUCAUGCAGUGUCAGUGGUGAAGGCAGCUGUAACCUGACUAAUGCCAAAGAUGAUAUCUCGUGCACUGUUAGCGGUGAAGGCAGCUGUAACCUGACUAAUAAUGAAGGUGAUGAGUCAUGCAGUAUCAGUGAUGAAGGCAGCUGUAACCGGACUGACGACGAAGAUGAUAUCCCAUGCAGUGUCAGUGAAGGCAGCUGUAAACUGACUAAUGGUGAAGACAAUGUCACAUGCAGUGUUCAAAAGAGGCAGCUCAUGCUUGCAGAUUUUCAGAAUGGGAGAUUAAAUAGCCUAACCUGCAACGAGGCAGCAGUAUACUACUUUUCCAAAGUGUCCUUUAUAGUACCUGGAGAUGUCUCAGUUUCGAAACAUUUUACAAAACUAUUUAACCCUUUGCUGGCUAAUGGUUGUCCAUCAGCAAGCAUUGUACAACAUGCAAUGAAAUUGCUGCACACAUGCCCAAAUAAGGCUGUUAAGAUUGGUGAUCGGGGUUGUUACAACUUGGCUUCACUAAAAGUGUUUGAGAAAAUGUGUGCAUUGGAGUCAGAUGCCUCAAACUUAAGACAAGAAAUUUGUUGGCUUUGCCAAACACCUGAGGCACAGAACACUGCUGGGAUCAAAGAUGCGCUUAUUAAUGCAAGGCUUAAUGAUGUGAUUUUACAACAGGGACAGAGUAUUAUGGAUGUAUCAGACUUUUGUAACCUUGCUUAUGAACGUUAUGUUAACAGUUUUGCCAUUGACAUGACAUGCCCCGCCUUUCUAAAGGAAGAGAAACAAAGUAAGGUUGUGUACCUCCCAUGUUACAGUCAAUCUUGGGCAAAACAAGGUGCACAGUAUUUCAGCCGAAAGGUUGUGGGUUACUUCAAUCAUUGCUCAGUAGAUGCAGUAAAUGUUAUCCUGACUCCAAUUCAUAUGCCAGAUAGACGACAUUGGGGACUUCUCUGCCUCGAUCCAGUCAGUAGGACAGCCUAUUUUGAUGAUGGCUUGAAGAUCAUCCCACCCCGAAGCACUGUCCCAGUUGUUCAGAACAUGUUGAAUGGUUUUAGUGUUCUUUCAAAGGACUCCAGAUUCAAGGUGGAACAAUGGAACCACCCAAGACUGUGCCUUCCUCCACCCCGUAUCAACAUGCCACAGCAGACAACAACAGGUGUAGGAGCAGGUAGCUGUAGUAUUGGGGUUAUUCUCUCUGUCAGAGAUAUCAUUAGAAGUGGAAAAUGCCUUCCUCCGUUCCAGUGGGAGUUGAUGUCUCAAAUUUUAGAAUGGAGAAGCAAUGCCAACUGAACUGUUGAAAAUGUACUUUUAUGCAAAAAGGAACUUUAGAUUCUUAAGUGAUUGAUUUUUUCGUGCUUAAAAUGUAAAAUUUAUAUUCUUUUAUACAAGUCGUGCAAAUCCCUUUGUUAUGGAUUAUUGUUCAUGCUUAAAUAUUAUUGUCAAUAUUCUUACCUAUUAAUAUACUGCUUCAGUAUUAGUUCUAUCAAUCCUGUAAUAUAACUUUUUAUGAACUUUGCCUCAGUUUCGAGUAUCCUUGAUUUAUUUAGUUUCUCUUACUUCUUCCU